AUGCCUCCCAAGAAGCAAGUCGUCGAAGAGAAGAUUCUCCUGGGCAGGCCCGGUAACAACCUGAAGAGUGGAAUUGUUGGCCUUGCAAAUGUUGGAAAGUCCACCCUCUUCCAGGCCAUUACCAAGUGCAACCUGGGAAACCCCGCAAACUUCCCCUAUGCCACCAUCGACCCCGAGGAGGCGCGCGUCAUCGUCCCCGACGAACGCUAUGAUUGGCUUUGCGAAAAGUACAACCCCAAGUCGCGCGUCCCCGCCAACCUGACGGUCUACGAUAUCGCUGGCCUGACGCGAGGUGCCUCCACCGGUGCCGGUCUCGGUAACGCCUUCUUGUCGCACAUCCGCGCCGUCGAUGCCAUCUUCCAGGUCGUUCGUUGCUUCGACGAUGCCGAGAUCAUCCACGUCGAGGGUGACGUCAACCCCACUCGUGAUCUCGAGAUCAUCAGCGAUGAGCUGCGGUUGAAGGACAUUGAGUUCACCGAGAAGGCCCUUGAGAAUCAGAAGAAGAAGACCCGCUCUGGCGGCAAGGGUCUUGAGCACAAGAAGGCCAUGGAGGAGCAAGCCACCAUGGAGAAGAUUCUCCAGUUCCUCAAGGACGGCAACGAAGUCCGAAAGGGUACCUGGGGUCCCAAGGAGGUCGAAGUCAUCAACCCCUUGUUCCUCCUGACUGCCAAGCCCGUUGUCUACCUGGUGAACCUGUCGGAAAAGGACUUCAUUCGCAAGAAGAACAAGUACCUUCCCAAGGUCGCUGAGUGGGUCAAGGAGCACGCUCAGGGUGACCCCAUCAUUCCCAUCUCUGUCUCCUUCGAGGAGCGUCUGACCCGCUUCGAGACUGAGGAGGAGUCCAAGGAGGAGCAGAAGAAGGUCGGCGCUGAGUCGGCUCUGCCCAAGAUCGUUCUUCAGAUGCGCAAGGUCCUCAACCUUGGCAGCUUCUUCACCACCGGCACGGACGAGGUCCGCCAAUGGACCAUCCGCAACGGCACCAAGGCGCCCCAGGCUGCUGGUGUUAUUCAUACUGAUUUCGAAAAGACCUUUAUCCAGGCUCUCGUCUACAACUUCACGACCCUGAAGGAGCUUGGUAGCGAAGCCGAGGUUAAGGCCAAGGGCAAAGUUAUGACCAAGGGCAAGGAUUACGUCGUGGAGGACGGAGACAUUCUGCUGAUCAAGGCCGGUGCUGCCAAGGGUUAG